CUCCGCAGGCGCCCCUCCAUGGGCCGGGCCCGCUGACCCCGCGCCCACCCAGGCCAUGCUCCCGCGGCGGCCCCUGCGGCUGCUCUGGGACGCGAGUCCCCCCGGCGCGGUGGUGCUGAGCAGCUUCCGAAGCCGGGACCCCGAAGAGGAGGGCGGGGAGCCCCGAGGCCCGGGCGGGGGCCAGGGCGGGGGCCAGCAGGAGGACGAGGACGAGGAGGAGGAGGAGGAAGACGAGGUCCCGGUGUCUGUCUGGGAUGAAGAGGAAGAUGAAGCCACCUUCACUGUCACCAGCCGCCAGUACCGGUCACUCGCACCCUCGGCCCCCACGCCUCCCCCACGUUCCUCCCGAAGACUCCGCGCUGGCACGCUGAAGGCCCUGGUCAGACACCUGCUGGAUGCCCGGACCGCAGGGGCCGAUGCGACCUUCACCUCAGCCUUCCUGGCCACCCACCUAGCCUUCGUCUCCACGUCUGCCCUGCUAGGACUUGUGGUUGACAGGCUGGAAGGCCUUGAGUCUCGUUCUGCUGAAGAACUAGAGAGAACUAAAGGGGUGGCCAUCUCUGUACUGUCUACCUGGCUGGCCUCUCACCCUGAGGAUUUUGGCUCUGAGGUCAAGGGUCAACUUGACCGGCUUGAGAGCUUCUUGCUCCGGACAGGGUAUGCAGCUGGGGAGGGUGUUGGGGGGGACAGCGCUGACCUCAUCCGAAACCUUCGGUCCCGGGUGGACCCCCAGACCCCCGACCUUCCUAAGCCCCUGGCCCUCCCCGGCGAUUCCCCUGCUGACCCCACGGAUGUCCUGGUGUUCCUCGCUGACCACUUGGCCGAACAGCUGACCCUGCUCGAUGCGGAACUCUUUCUCAACCUGGUCCCUUCUCAGUGCCUGGGGGCCCUCUGGGGUCACCGCGAUCGGCCAGGCCAUGCCCAUCUCUGCCCAUCUGUCCGCGCCACUGUCACACAGUUUAACAAGGUGGCAGGGGCAGUGGUCAGCUCCGUCCUGGGCGCUACCUCAACAGGAGAGGGGCCCGGGGAGGUGACCGUGAGGCCCCUCCGUCCCCCCCAGAGGGCCCGGCUCCUGGAGAAGUGGAUCCGAGUGGCUGAGGAGUGCCGUCUACUCCGAAACUUUUCAUCUGUUUACGCUGUCGUGUCUGCCCUGCAGUCCAGCCCCAUCCACAGGCUUCGGGCAGCCUGGGGAGAAGCAGCCAGGGACAGCCUCCGAGUCUUCUCUAGCCUCUGCCAGAUUUUCUCUGAGGAAGAUAAUUAUUCCCAGAGCCGAGAGCUGCUCUUGCAGGAGGCUAAGUUGCAGCCCGCUCUGGACACCACUUCCAAGAAGACCCCGAGAUCUGGCUUCAGGGGUGGGGGUGUGGUUCCCUACCUUGGCACUUUCUUGAAAGACCUGGUAAUGCUGGAUGCAGCUUCCAAGGAUGAGUUGGAGAACGGAUACAUCAAUUUUGACAAACGGAGAAAGGAGUUUACUGUCCUUUCGGAGCUGCGGCGGCUCCAGAACGAGUGUCGUGGCUAUGACCUCCGACCUGACCCUGAUAUCCAGCGCUGGCUGCGGGGGCUCCGGCCUCUGACAGAGGCGCAGAGCCAUCGUGUGUCCUGUGAAGUGGAGCUGUCGGGUACCAGUGACCCUCCGGCCCCUCGGGUGCUCCGGCCAGCUCUGGUCGUCUCUCAGUGGACAGAGGUUCUGGGCUCUGUGGGGGGCCUCAGCCCUCUUGUCUCUUGGGACAAGCCCAGUGGCGGGGGAGAGGAGGGACCUGGAACCCCAGCUCCUCUGCUGACACGGCUGGCCCAGCACAUGAAGUGGCCUUCAGUGUCGUCUCUGGAUUCUGCUCUGGAAACUUCGCCCUCCCCACGCAGCACUGCUGAUCCCAGCCACCUCUCCCCACCAGCUGCCUCCCCCAGGCCUCCUCGGGGUCACCGACGUUCUGCCUCCUGUGGCUCUCCACUCAGUGGGGGCACAGAGGGGGCUUCCCGGGGGCCUGGGUCCGGGUCUGGGGCUUCAGGACCGGGGGCCUCUGACUGUCGUAUCAUCCGGGUCCAGAUGGAGCUGGGGGAGGACGGCAGCAUCUACAAAAGCAUCCUGGUGACUAGCCAGGACAAGGCUCCAAGUGUCAUCAGUCGUGUCCUUAAGAAAAACAAUCGUGAUUCUGCAGUGGCUUCAGAGUAUGAGCUAGUGCAGCUGCUGCCAGGAGAACGAGAGCUGACCAUCCCACCCUCGGCUAACGUCUUCUACGCUAUGGAUGGAGUGUCACACGACUUUGUCUUGCGGCAGCGGCGAAGGGCCUCAACAGCUACACCGGGCUCCGCUAGUGGCCAUUCUGCCUCAGGAACCCCCCCGAGUGAGGGAGGUAGCGGUUCCUUCCCCAGGAUCAAGGCCACAGGGAGGAAGAUCGCCCGUGCACUGUUCUGAGGAGGAAGCCCUGUUGGCCCACAGAACCCAUGGUGGCCUUAUUUGAUAUGGGUAGCCAUUUUUAAUGGUGGCCGUCUGUCACACUGAAAAACAUCCAGACUAGUGGCCAGCCACUCCAGGGCAGUGAAGUGCCGCUGGUUUUCCAGACAGCUGAGAGAUCCAGCCCUAUGGGAACUGGGACUCUGGAUAACCAACUUGGAGAGCUGUGUGUAGCUUCCCACUUGUCAUGAAUGCAGCUCUUCACUAGUGCUGGAAAAAGGUUCGUUUCUGGUUCUGGCCACUUUUUAGCCUGCCAAGAGCCAAAGAACGACCUACAAAGACAGGGAGAAGAAAAGCCUGGAGGCUCUGAGUCCUGGGGAGAGGAGGCGGCAAUAAGAUAGUUCCAGCAGAAGUUUCUUUUUUUAUUCUGGAAGUUCCUGUCACUGUGACAACACUAAGAGAAUAAACCAAAACACUACCUGA